AUGGCAAAACUCACUGAUGAUGCCGACUACGAUGCCGAUGAAACGUUUGAGAAUGUACCAAGUCCACUGUCUUAUGUUGCGAAUCAUGACAACUACUAUGGCAGACGACUUCGGACUAGAUGCGUCCUACUAAGUAACCCUGACAACAAUACCAAACUGAUUAUAGCUACUGGAGACCUGUGGAACGCCGGCACUACGGCUCAGAUAAAUGUGAUACUCUACGGCGAAUUCGGGGACACGGGACCCCGUGCACUAUGCAGACCUGUAAUGGCUGAAACCUCACCUUUUGCAAAAGGACAGGUAGGUUGGCAUGCUACGCUAUCUAGAUUUUUAUUCAACAUAUAA